CAAACUUACAGGGAGGCAACGCGUACACACACAGGCCGAGCCUGCACAUAUCUACACUGUUUGAUCGUUUAAUGCUAUUAAAAAUGAUCCCGAGCGUGCAGGGCAUGCUAUAUCUGUCUGUAAUGGUGGCGUUCGCCGCCUGCAACGCUCCUCCGGUACCGUUAGACGACAUCGUCAUUGAAAAAACUUUCGUGCCGGAGCAGUGCGUGCGCGCAGUCAAAAUCGGGGAUUAUGUCAGGUAUCACUACAAUGGCGUGUUUCCGGACGGGAAGAAGUUCGAUUCCAGUUAUGACCGUGGCAGCUCCUACAAUGUGUUUGUGGGCAAGAAACAGCUGAUCGAAGGGAUGGACAAAGCUCUGGUGGGGAUGUGUGUCAAUGAGAGACGACUGGUCAAGAUCCCACCUCACCUAGCCUAUGGAAAACGAGGAUACGGUGACAUCAUCCCUCCCGACUCCAUCCUCCACUUUGACGUCCUGCUUCUCGAUGUGUGGAACCCGGAGGAUGGCGUCCAGAUCAACACCUACCACACGCCUUCCACCUGCUCUAGAAAGGUGGAGGUGUCUGACUACGUCCGCUAUCACUACAACGGCACCCUGCUGGACGGGACGCUCUUUGAUUCCAGCCACACCCGUAUGCGUACCUAUGACACCUACGUUGGGAUUGGGUGGCUGAUUGCAGGAAUGGACCAGGGUCUUCUGGGAAUGUGUGUUGGGGAGAGGCGCAUCAUCACUAUGCCACCAUCACUUGGAUAUGGAGAAAAUGGAGAUGGUAGUGACAUCCCAGGACAGGCGUCUCUGGUGUUUGACGUUGUUCUCCUGGAUCUCCACAACCCCAGAGAUGGGAUCACAGUGACCAAUCAGGUAGUUCCUGAGCCGUGCACGAGGAAGACGGUCUCGGGAGACUUCAUCCGCUACCACUACAAUGGCAGUCUCCUGGAUGGGACGUUUUUUGACUCCAGCUAUUCUCGUAAUCGUACCUAUGACACCUACGUGGGUCUAGGCUAUGUGAUCGCCGGUAUGGAUGAGGGUCUCAUUGGAGUCUGUGUUGGAGAAAAACGGACCAUCACCAUCCCCCCACACCUUGCCUAUGGGGAGGAGGGUACAGGUACCAAAAUCCCUGGUUCAGCUGUUCUGGUGUUUGACGUCCACAUAAUCGAUUUCCAUAACCCAUCAGACAGCACUGAGGUCACGGUUAUGUACAAGCCGGAGGAGUGUGAUAAGCAAACCAAGAAGGGAGAUUUUAUCAAGUAUCACUACAACGCCACUCUAAUGGAUGGCACAUCAAUUGACUCUACGCACAAUUAUGGAAAAACGUACAACAUUGUUCUGGGAGCCAACCAGGUGGUCCCAGGGAUGGAAGACGGGCUACUGGAGAUGUGUGUGGGAGAGAAAAGACACCUAGUUAUUCCUCCUCACUUGGGCUAUGGAGAGAGAGGAGUCACUGACGAGGUCCCUGGGAGUGCUGUGUUGGUGUUUGACAUCGAGCUUGUUGACAUGGAAGAAGGACUUCCUGAAGGCUACAUGUUCAUCUGGAAUGAUGACGUGUCUCCUGACCUCUUUGCUGAGAUGGACAAGGAUGAGAACAAGCAGGUGGAGCCUUCUGAGUUUACCGACUACAUUAUGCGUCAGGUGAACGAGGGUAAAGGCCGCCUGGCUCCUGGCUUCGACCCAUAUCGCAUCAUUGACAACAUGUUCUCCAAUCAGGACCGAGAUGGAGAUGGAAAGAUCACAGAAGCAGAGUUCAAACUUAAAGCAGACGAACCAGCAGCACAUGACGAGCUAUGACGGGAGUUUUUGUAAAACUCAGAUCAGGGUGUAGCCUUAAGGGUUAAUGGUCAAAUAAAGGAGGGGUGGGUUCUAACAGUUAUGUGGGUGGUAAAGCAGAAAAAGAUGUUAUAUGUUAUGUGUGAAAUGAGCAAGUGAGGAAUGUGCGGAGAUUUUUUUACCUUAGGUCUUAGAAAAUGGAUAAAGAACAUCUUGUCAUUAAAGAGUCAAAUCAAUCUGACAAGAAAGAAAAGUGUUUUUUUAGGGCUGAAUAUAUGAAACACCUAAUUUCAGGGCUUUGAUGACAAUGAACGCCUUAUUUUGUACCUCCUGUCGUGCCAAGUUUUUAUCAUGUUUUAUUUGAUUUUUUGAAGGGUACAUAGGCACUCCUGAGUGAGGAAACAUAGAAAGGCUGCACUCUUUUAUACUCCUUUUUUAACUGAUAGCUUUGUAUGUUUUCUUUUCAUUGGGUGUCAUUUAGUUUCAUUCGUCUGUCUCCCAGGAACAUCACAUCAGUCAUCCCACACUGUAACUUUGAUGGAGAUUAUUGUUACCCACUGUUACAUCUCAUUCAUUGAUGAAAUGUGUCCCAUUAACCAAAAGAGCUUCAUGUAAGAAAUGACUAAUGCACAUAGUUUAUAGCUUAUGCCUUUCACUGUUUUUACUUUUAAACAUCAGGAUUCAUUCUGUGUUCCCUGCUGUUUAAAUCUUACAAAACAACUGAAAAGAUCAAAAAUCUUUGGAAGUUUAAUUUUUAUUAUAGGGGUGGGAGGGUAGAUGGGUUCUAGUCUUAUACUUUCCUUGGACAAGAUGUUUCACAGGUUGUUUUUAUUCUCAUGCAAAUGUCCACAUCUGUGUGCAGUUAAAGACUUUGUGUGUGUGCUUGAGUUUUUAAUGUGAGAGAAAGAGAGAGAAGAAGAGUGUGAAUGUUGUUUUUGUCUUAGGUUUUCAUUCAGGAGAAUACUAAAGUUUAAUGAUAAUCAAGUCUGAUUAAAUGAAAUGACUUUAAUAUAAGACCUGUGUCA